ACUAAACUUAUAUUUCUUAAUUCUUUACAAAAUACAAAAUCUAUUAAGUCUACUUCUGUCAUCUAGAUAGUAUCUACAUAUUAUAUCUAAAUAAAAGAAUGUUUGAAUAAAAAAAUGUUUAGUAUAAAAAUGGAUUUGUGUCAUUUAAUUAGAUCGAUAUUUAUUUACAAUGCAAACAAAAUAACCAGAAAUUUAAGUAGCGUAGCGUUGUCGAAUCCUCUUGUAGGAGUCAAAUAUGAUCAAAACAACACCGUGCUUGAGUCUGGGAGUGAAGAUUUAUCAGAAGUUACUCCUUACUUUCCUGAAUCAUUUAAUUUAGCUGCUUAUGCUAACAAAUCUGAAACACUUCAAAACCUUAUUAAAUUAAAUGUGAAUCUUAGUAAAAUUGAGAAAAAACCUCACAUAGUAAACAAACUAUUAAAAAUGGAUUUUGAAAAAGAUAUGAAACGGAACAUAUUUUUUAUUAAAGAUUUUGUUGAUUCAGAAAAUAUUGGAAAUUAUAUUACAAAAAAUCCUCUUAUUUUAUGUGAAAGUAUAGAAAACUUUCAAGUAAGAAUUAACUACCUACAAUCAAAAAAUUUUAGUAAUUUGCAAAUACACGAAAUUAUAGCCAGAAAUCCUUUUUGGUUAAUGUUUAGCACUGAAAGAAUAGACAAAAGGUUGGGAUAUUUUCAAAAUAAGUUUUGUUUAAAUGGUAAUGAAGUAAGAUUACUUGCAACAAAGCAACCUAAAAUAAUAACAUACAGUAUUCAACACAUAAAUACAAAUACCUUUGUUGUUAAAGAAGAAAUGGGUUUUAAUGAUGAAGAGGUGAAAACUUUACUAUUAAAUAAGCCCAAAAUAUGGAUGACAAGUCAAAAAUCCUUGUUGGAAAGAUUCAAUUACCUCCAUAAUGUCAUUAAGAUACCCCACAGCUCAAUAUUGCAUUAUCCUAAUGUGCUUCUUUGUAGAAAUUUCAAGGUGAAACAACGUCAUAUGUUUUUAGAGAAUCUUGGUAGAGCUCAGUAUAAUCCAAACAAAGAAAAUUAUAUUCCACUUAAAGCUUUGAUUGAAAACACAGAUUCUGAAUUUUGCAAAAAUUAUGCUAAAUGUAAUGUUGAUGAUUUUAAUCUGUUUUUAAAGACUCUUUGAUUAAAUAUUAAUAAUUUAGCCUGCUUUUCCCAAAACAACUUUGUUAUGAAAUGCAUUCAGAGAGUGAUACAAUAGAGUGUCAAAUAUACCAGCAACAGUGAAUACUCCUCCAACAAUUGCACAAACAUUUGUAGCCAAAUGACCAAUCGACCUGAAGAGAAAAAUAUAUAUAAAAUUAAAUUAUUAAUGAACCCUGUU